GACCAGGCGGCCCCCCUGCUAUAUGUACCAAUAAUAAAACCAGACCAGACGCCCCCCCCCUUUCUGUGGAACCAAAAUAACAGACCUCAGAUCAGGACCAAAAUAACAGACCUCAGAUCAGGUGACCCAAAAGUGAAGCAGAGAUCCUGUCCUGCGUGAAGAUUCAGCAGCGUGUUCCUGUCAGCAGCGUGUUCCUGUCAGCAGCGUGUUCCUGUCAGCAGCGUGUUCCUGUCAGCAGCGAAGAGAGAUCAGCCAAAAGACGUCUGUUCCCUUGGAGAUGAUGCUGGGAAAUGAAGCCGCACUACCGACGCCAACUGAAGACUUGGUUGCUACGUGACGUCACUUCCGGAAGUGACGUCACAAAACCGGAAGUCGGUCCCGGAAGAGAGCCACAGCUGCGCGCACGUACAGCAGAUGCAGAAGAACAAGGAAGAAGAUGGCGAGACCCCUUGGACGCCGUGGGACAGGGCCGGUUUGAGAAUUCUCCAACCUCUUACCCUAACAGCAGGAAAGAUCAGCAUAUUGUAGGUGAUUUGUGCCAUCUCCCAGGCUUCUCACCUCCAGAUGCAAUUCAGCAACCACCUUUUUGAAAUCUGCCUGAAGAUCUGACCGCAAGGUGGAUCUUUCAUGGACAGACUGAGCAAAUACACCUCCAGAAAGCAAUGAGGCUUAUAUGGUGGCAAACUUGUCCUCUCCCUAGCCACAGUUGUUGCUCCUUUGGCAUGUCAAGGUGAUAUUUGCAAGCAAAGCAGCAUUGGUGUUGACGCUCAGCUCCUCUGUAAUUUAAAUUUGACUGUCUGGAAAAAGUGACAUGAUGCAGAGGCCUUAUCAAAGUGAAAACAACUGAGCUGAAAUGGUUUUAUACACUACCCCCUUUCCCAGCAACUUCUUUUCGUUCCUUCACUCCUUGUCCUGGGCCCUAAUUUUCCCUUGCUGUUGGCUGGGAGAUCGGUUACUUGCUUCAUUUCUGCCAACCACCUAUGAGAAACGACAACGGUCAGAUGAUCCAUGUUACAUCCAGGUCCUCUUUAUUAUCAUAACCACGCCUAUUUAUUUAGCACUGCUGGUUUCAUCACUUCCAUUUGCCUUCAUAGGAUUCCUGGUGUGGUCUCCUAUACAAGCUGCACGCAGACCCUAUGUCUAUUCCCAUAUCCAGGAGAAAGCUUGUGCAACAGAAGCCAAGUUGCUGGCUGAAUGGAGAGCAACAAGCAGUGGAAAAAGCUUCUGCUUUGGAACUGCCAAUGUUUGCCUCUUGCCUGACUCAAUGGCAAGGUUCAACAACCUUUUUAAUACCCAAGCUCGGGCUAAAGAAAUAGGUAGAAGAAUACGCAAUGGGGCAAGUAGACCCCAAAUUAAGAUAUACAUAGACUCUCCUACGAACACUUCUAUAAGUGCUGCCAGUUUUAGCAGUCUAGUGUCCCCCCAAGGUGGUGAUACAUCUCACCGAGCAGUAAAUGUAGGUAUGAAGAGAACAACAUCUAUGGAAUAUAAAGGAGAAAAUUUUGGUGUAAACAGCUGUGAGGAGGGCAGAAAUUGGAGAAAUGGAGGAGACACAGCUGAUGGAGAAGAAAGUCCAUGCAUCAUUCGUAUAAGCGGAGAGGACAGUGACCACAUCUCUGACACAGAGACUGAUGCCAUUAGUGGGCAUGUGAAUGUAGCAUGCUUGGCAGAAAUUGAGACAGAUUUUCAAAAGAGCCCAACAGCUAACCAUAAGGGUAAGGAUGCAGAUGGUGGAAGUCUUGACAGUUGUACAGCCUCCCGGGAAUCACUAUUCAAGGUCCGAAUGGCAGAUGGAGCUGUUGACCAAAGCAGUGUUAACAAUAAGCUUUUGUAUAAAACAUCCAUAAUCAAGAAGGCCACUGCCCGGAAGAAGAAACACAUGGAUGAUAUAUUAGAUCAUGAUAUUUCUGCCUUUUUUCCAGCCAACUUGGACUUUCUGUGCCUCCAGGAAGUAUUUGACAAACGUGCUGCAGAGAAAUUGAAAGAGCAGUUGCACUUCUAUUUUGAAUAUGUGCUGUAUGAUGUGGGGGUUUAUGGCUGCCAUGGGUGCUGUGGGUUUAAGUUCCUUAACAGUGGGCUGCUGUUUGCAAGCCGUUACCCCAUACUAGAUGCUACCUAUCACUGUUAUCCCAAUGGAAGAGGAAUAGAUGCACUUGCUGCCAAAGGAGCUUUGUUCGUCAAGGUGCAGGUUGGAACCACUCCUCAGGGCCAAAGAAUUGUAGGAUACAUCUCCUGCACUCACCUGCAUGCUUUGGCAGGAGAUGCAGUGACCCGAUGUGAGCAAUUAGAUAUGCUUCAAGAGUGGGUGUGUGAAUUCCGCAAAUCUACCUCCUCCUCCAGCACUGCAAACCAGGAGGAACUGGUGGUUUUUGAUGUUAUCUGUGGGGACCUUAACUUUGACAACUGUUCAUCAGAGGACAAACUGGAGCAGCAACACUCUUUGUUUACACAUUACAAGGACCCAUGUCGGCUGAGCCAAGGGGAAGAAAAACCCUGGGCAAUAGGAACACUUUUGGACCCCGAGGGUCUGUAUGAUGAAGAGGUUUGCAGCCCAGAUAAUAUGCAAAAAGUCCUGGAAAAUGAAGAAGGCAGGAAGGAAUAUUUAGUGUAUCCCGCCAGCAAAAACCAUUGUCCCAACCAGAAGGGAAGAAAGGUUCCAUUGAAAGGCAGUGGACGCAGGGUGGAUUAUAUGUUAUUUACAGAGGAGGGACUCAACAUGGAGUGGAAAGUGGAUGUAGAAGAAUACAGUUUUAUAACACAGCUAGCUGGACUAACAGACCAUGUGCCAGUAGCCAUGCGACUGACAGUUUCCACAGGGGAAGAAGAAUCCUAAACAUUAAACAACUAUAAUUAAUGAGAUAGCAUGUAUGGCCCACGUUUACUAUGAGCUCCAAAGUUUGGAGCAUCCUGAAGGAGCCGCAAAUGUCUCCACUAUUUUGACUACAUGAUGCGGACAGAUAGCAGAUGGGAGCUCAGAAGUUUUACCCGAUGAAGAAAAAAUAUAUCAGAGCAGCUCCCACAGCAAGCUGUGACCUCUCCACAAUUGAACAAAGAGGGAGAAACAUGAACAGAACCAGUGCCAUUCUUACCAAGUUGUUUUUAUACCACUAUAUAGCACAAUUUAGUUUGUAACCGUGAGAUGCUGUUCUGUUUUCUUUUUUCUUUCUUUUUCUUUUGCAUAAUUUUGUAUAUCUUAAAGAAAAAAAAGAAGUUUUAACUUUUUACUUUUGUUCUCUUGCUGUAGGUCCAGAUCAUUCCACUAGCAUGUGCUAUAAUUGCAUGCCGCUCAUCAUAAUCAAAAGAAUAGGAAAAUAUUAAUUACCUCAGGAUACGCAGGAGGUGGAUCUAACCAGGAAUGUAAGAAAGGAAAAUGCAGUUUCACUGAUUAGCUAAAUCUUUUAUAUCUGCUUUUCAGAAAUUUCUGAUCUCCUUUUAAUUUUUAAUGGCCAUAGAGAUUACACAAUAAAAUAUCACCCAGAUUUCA